AGUGAGUGUGCAAAUGCAGUAUUAGUUAACGUAACCCCAGCGUGUUGUUCCCAGUAGGGACUUGCCCUGCCAGAGUACUCUUGGGAUUGGGGUGUAUACCCAAAGACUCAAAAUACCCUUCUAUGCUGAGAUGCUGCAGGUGCUGACCACAAAGGAGCCUCUUUCAGCAGCAUCAGAGGAUGUUCUGUUCUUCUACCAAGGCAAAAUUAACCAGUCAAAGUUUGGAAACUCAUUUAUCACAUUCCCUUUAGUUUUGUUGUAUCACUCUGUCACCCAGACUAAACUGUCCCCUGGGUUAUGUUCAUCUCCAUGUUGUCUCAGGUUUUAUUCUGUCAGUCAUUGGGAUUUAUUUGGGUUCAUCAGGGGGUUGCAUGUGGUAGGUUUUCUUCGUUGGUACCUUUCCUUUCUCCCACCUGGAGAUCAGGACAGGGGCUUCCUUUUGAAAUAUCAGUUAUUGUUCUGUGGAUUGGCCUACAAAGAGCACUAUGAGUGGACUAGGUAAAUUCCUUAUUCUUGAGUCACUUAAUAGGAGCACCUACAUACCACUGUUCUUAUAAAGAAGUAGAUACCGAGUCUCCUGAAACUCCGAGUCUCGGCGUUCUGUUUCAACUGCUCACUAGAACUGAAGUGACUGCUGAAGCUUCACCUGCUGUUUUGUGACCCUGAUAUGACUUGAGGUUCAAAGCUAAGUCUGUGGGUCAAAUUCAGCUUUCAGUUACACUGUUGUAAAUCUGGAGUAAUUUCAUGAGGUGAGUGGAGGCACUUUAGAUUUGCAUUGAUGUAAAUGAGAGUACAAUUUUAUCCCUGGUCUCCUUUUCUAGCUCUUCCUUUACGUUUAGGAAUAAUCAGAAAGAAAAACAUCGUUCACAGAGAUCUCCAUUAAGUAGCCAUGGGUAGGAAGCUCCAUCAUAUAAAAUAUAAAAUAUUUAUAUUAUUUAUAUAGAUAUAAAAUAAAAGAUAGCGAUCAGACAAAGUACUAGAGCAAAGGUAUCUAAGUUGUUUGGAGGAGAGAGUCGAAUUCUGUUUAGUUAUGGUCUGUGAGCUGGAGCUUACAUUGAGGUCUGUGUAUUACCUACUGAUGUCAGUAGGAGAUUUGCACAGAGAGCAAGAGGAGAAUAUGGCCUUUAUGUAGUAGCUCAACAUUAGUUGUUUGGUGCUUUAUUAUUUCAUUAAUUGAGAAAAUCUGCCCCCCUAUAGGCCUGUUGUUUCUGCCUUUUGUUUCUCUUGCUUCCUCAUCCUCCUUUCACUGUUUCUGGCCCACUUCCCUAUCUUUGUGAGUCUCCUCUGUUCCUUCUCUGUGUUUCAUUCCUAGCUGCCAAACCAUUGAACUUCAGUCACUCCUCAUGCUCCUAUUCCAUCCACUAAAAUGAUCAGUGAUUAAAUAGUUAAUGUUGACAUCAGAGUGUCAUAACUGGACUUUAAAGUUGACAGUCCAAUCAGAUUAAUAGGGAAGAUGGAAGUUUACUCCUGAAAGUAAUUGUAUCAGGCCGUCUGCAGAUUUGGGCAGAUGCUGCAUCGGUUACACUUGGUUCGUUUUGGAGCAUUAUCAUUGCAGCCAUGACAACUAGAAACUUGCUUUUUUUUUUUAAAAUGAAAGCUUAGUUAUUAGAAACUCUGAUAAAGACAUGUGGACCAUAUAAAUGCAUCAUGUGACCAAUGCACAGUCAGUCUGUGGAACUCAUCACCAGGGGAUACUGCAAAGGCCAAAAGUAUAACUGGGUUCAAAAAAUAAUUAGAUAAGUUCAUGGAGGAUAGGUCCAUCAAUAUCUAUUAGCCAAGUUGGUCAGGGAUCCAACCCCAUAUUCUGGGUGUCCCUAAACCUCUGCCUGCUAGAAACUGGGAUUGAAUGACAGGAUGGAUUACUCAAUAAAUUGCCCUAUUCUGUUUGCUCCCUCUGAAGCAUCUGACACCGGCCGCUAUUGGAAGACAGAAUAUUGGGUUAGAUGGACCAUUAGUCUGACCCGGUACGGCCGUUCUUAUGUUCUUAAUCCUGACUGCAGGCCAUUAGUUUGACAUCCCCAUAGUACAGAAUAUAGUACAGGAAACUAAUUUGAUUGUUCCCUGUGGUAGAUGGACUAGGGGACUUAUAAGUCUUUUUCACCUCGUUUUCAAAGAUUUUAUCAUUUUCAAUUUUCCACCUUCAUCAGAAUAGCAGGAAUCAAAGCACUGUCUUCCGCUUAUCUGUGGUACCAAAAAUAAGAAAUCGGUAUGUCCAGAGUUGGGGAUCUUAAUUCAAAGAGUGAGUGAUACAUAAAAUGAGUGACACAUAAAAUGCUUGUUCUUGAUUUGAAUGGAAUGCAAGGGAACCAGACACAGGGAUCACUACAUUGCAUUCAUAUUAUAUGUCCACAGGGCCUGAAAGUGGUUAAUCAUAGCUCUAUGCAUUUGGGGCAUAAAAAGGACAAAGGCUUGGUAAGGCGCUACAGAGGUGGAAAUACUGAACAAGUGUACACAGAACUUGUCUGGUUCCUUUCAGAUUCUCCUGGGCAAGAUUCAGGAAGAUUAUACUCAAGAUGUUUCCUAUCCUGAACUGGUUGUGUGCAUAUCGAGUCAGAGAGUGGUUCUUGAGUGACAUACAUGCAGGCCUAAGUGUAGGGAUGGUCCAGAUUCCGCAAGGCUGAUCAGAAGUUUAUUCUCCAGUCAUGUAGGGUCCUAAAGUGGAUAGAGUUUGUAUAUGCAUGCUUUUGUGUACAUGCAAGUGCAUGGUUUUUUUCAGGACUGUCAGGAGUUUUGUUAACGAGGUUACCAAUACCAAUUGUCAAUGGCUUCUAUUCUGCAUUCUGCUGCUCAUUAACAUAUGUUGUAUUUGGGACUUCGCGCCAUAUCUCCAUUGGUUCAUUCAGCAUUCUGAAUGCAAUGGUAGCAGAUGUUCUGAAGACGCUGAAUUUCAGCCCAAUAUUGACUGCUAAUGGAACCUUUGCCAAUUUCUCAGAUGCAAAUUAUAUGAAGAGUUACAUGGAAGCCUUGACACUUACUGCAUCAACAACAUUUCUGACUGGGAUCAUCCAGUUGCUUUUAGGCUGUUUCUGCUUGGGGUUUGUCACAACCUAUCUGCCAAAGACCCUCAUCGACGCUUACCUCACUGCAGCAGCGCUGCAUGUCAUCGUAUCCCAGUUCUCCUUCAUCUUCGGGAUUGUGAUCAACUUCCAUAUGGGCCCCCUGGCCAUUUUCUACAACCUGUUUCAUUAUUGCAUGGCUCUCCCAAAGGCUAAUGCCACCAGUAUAUUGCUAUUUUUGGUUGGCCUACUCAUGCUGAGGGUCAGCAAUUGUAUCAAGAUAACUUACAAGCACAGUCCUGUUGCAUUCCCUAUGGAACUUCUCCUGAUUAUUACAAUCACCAUUAUUGCUAACCAUGUUCAUCUGCAUGCCGAAUCCAGUAUGCUUGUGGCCAAAAUGGUUCCACACAGGUUUCUGCCUCCUACGCUGCCAGACUUAUCAAAUUUGAGCAGGAUUGUAGCCCAUGCCUUCUCCCUGGCUAUUGUAAGCUACUUCCUUCUCAUUUUUGUGGGAAAGAGGUACGCUUGUAUUCACAACUACAACAUCUCCAGCAACCAGGAGCUCGUGACUGUGGGGCUAUGCAAUAUCUUCAGCUCAUUUUUCAAAAGCUUUGCUGUCAGCUGUGCUAUUUCUGGGACUGUCAUUCAGGAGAAGACAGGCGGAAAAACACAGUUUGCAGCACUAAUUGGAGCAUCCAUAAUGCUAGUGGUAGUGAUGAAACUAGGACACUUUUUCCAGUCUCUGCCUAAUGCUGUACUAGCUGCGAUUGUAAUGGUCAACAUGUUCCCAUUUCUUGAAAAAUUUAUGGACAUCCCCACCCUGUGGAGACAGGAUAAGUAUCAUUUUGUUAUUUGGAUUGUGACUUUUGCAGCCGUUCUGUGUCUUGGUCUCGAUAUCGGCUUAGUCAUCGCAAUGGGAUUCACCUUCUUCAUCAUCACCGUUAGGUCACACAGAAUGAAGAUUGUUAUGCUGGGCCAGAUUCCAAACACGGAUCUAUACAGAAAUUUAUCUGACUACAAAGCAGCAGCAGAGAUUGAAGGUGUGAAAAUCUUCCAGUGUUGUUCCUCCAUCUCCUUUGCAAAUAUGAGACAUUUCAAAGGCUACUUGUUACAUAAGAUGGAUGUGAAAGCAGUGCCCCUGGAUGAAAAUGAAAUGAGAUCUUUAAUCUCAGUUAGUCUGUCUAGCACUGGAUUGGAGAGAAAGGAUUUGAAGUGUGCCUGUGUUUGUGAUCCACCUGAGCCAUUACCCAGGAUACCCUAUACUGAGAAACUGGUGAAGCGACUUCAUAGGGAUAAUGAGUCUUCAUCGUCUUCCCUGAAUUUGAUACGUUGGUCAAAGUUUGAAAGCAAGCACAGUUCUGUGACUCUCACAACAGGAAUGUCGCAAACACAGCAUGCUCAGUCCACAGCCAUCAGGCUCAGGGCAGCAAGACCUGAGACUGGAAAGAAGAAGGAUGAAGGGAAGAGGACAUGGCAUUCUUCAGACCUUGGAGUAGAUACUUCCACAACUCUAUUGUGCCAGGAACCAGUACAGUUGCAGUCCACGGAGUUUUCAACAUAUCCAGUCCACACUAUUAUUUUAGACUUCAGCAUGGUGCAAUUUGUGGAUUUGCAAGCUUCAGACUUACUGAGGCAGAUGUUCCACAUGUUUCAGAAUAUUGGCAUUUCGGUCCUGAUAGCCGGCUGCCACCUCUCUGUAAUAGCAAUCUUUGAGAAGAAUGAUUUCUUUGAUGACUGCGUCACCAAAGCACAGUUCUUUCUAACGCUGCAUGAUGCUGUGCUGGCCGCUUUAGAACAGAAUCAAAAGCCAGAGACUGUGGAACUCAGCAUUGGAGAGCCUGAACAGGAGUUAGAUGAAGGGCUUACAGAAGAACAGAAGGAGAGAAGUCUGCACUCCGGUAACAACAAAGAUAUUUCCUCUUUAAAGACUACCAGGAGCGAACUCUUAAAUGAAGAGCCAAUAUCCGAUCUCUUCUGCACAUAUUCACUCCAGAAUGAAACAGAGAUGAACGUAUUCCAACAGUAUGAUGCUCCACCCCCUGAGCCAGGUGACAGAGAUGAGGAGUGGGAGCAGAAGUGGAAAUAUGCCAGAGAUCCCUGAGAUGCACAAGAGCUGACAGGGAAUCCUAGUCCAGUAAAUGGGGAGAGGUGCUGAUAUAGCACAGUUCAGGUAGUUCUUGCCUGCAUUUUGGUGGGGUUUUUUGCCUUUGUCUCUUUCAAAGUUAUUGAAGUAGCCAACUAGCCAGUCCAUCCAAUGGUUCUGCUGGUUUAAGGGAACUAGCACAGUUUAUGAAGUUACCCUUCAGGACUUUCAAACAGAGGGAUUAUUUAGCAGCAAUUUUAACCUUUGUAGUGAAUUAACUAUAAAAGUUGGAGCCAUUAAAUGAAUUUUUACAUGUU